UGGGGAGUAGCCAAUGCAUAUGGAGCGUGUAGUGUCGGUUUGCUCCAGCCAGUAUCUAUGGAACCGGUAGCGAUUCGGCCGGUAUUGCAAUACCGCUUUUCCUUCUGUAAAAGCGAGAGAGACCUGACGCUCACGGGCGGCACAAGCUGACAGUAGGAGAGAGGGGGAACCAACAGUGACAGAGAAUGUGCGCUUCCCUGCGCCUGCAUGUUGAUUGCAUUUACGGACGCACAGAGAUCACUUGAUUGACGCUACUAAUACGAGGUAUGGGUGGCUGUAAUAUAACUGUGUAAAGCUGCAAGGAUGGUGCAGACUGUACUUGAUGGCGAGCAUGCCCAAUUGCUCAAUUGCCUACUCACUCAUUCCCGUACGACUUUUAUGUAUGGUUGGUUGGGAAUCGACGCGCAUGCAAUGCAGCGCAGCUCGGUCGACGCCGGGCAACCCACCAGCGCUGGAUAUCUUCUUCCCGGAAGUGGAAAUGCUGGCAAAUCCGUUUCAGAAAACACUGUUUUCGGUCAUUAUAUAGUUUAUUACUGGAAGAAAAGGUGUGUCUACUAGCAGCGCUCAUCACCCACGAGAGCCACGUCGGAGGUCGUGAUGCCGCCACGGAAUGGAACCAGGGUGCGUGGCAACACUGCUCAAAACAAAGUAAACCACGGGGCCGCGGUUAGCCACCGUAAGUACGUACAAGGCUGGUUUGCCUUUCCGGAUAGGACACUGGGAGACAGAGGCGAACGAAGGGCAAGACGAAGACGAACGAGCGCACAUGCAUGUGGUGCAUGCACCCCCGUGGCCGCCGCGCACAGCACAAGCGCCGCUCUGCUAGAUGCGCGCGCACGCCCACGCCCACACUAGAGCCAACCAGCACGAACAGCGGGCUCUGCUCCUGCUCGUGCUCGUGAGCUGUGUCAUUCCAUCGUUCCUUCGGAACAGGGCGCCCGUGAUCUCCUUAAAUUCCCCCCGCUCCCCGAUUAAACCUGACACACCCCCUUGUAGCCUUGCACCCAGCUAGCUGCCGGUGAGGUGAGUGACCACCGCGACAGCCAACAGCACCCAUCGGCUGCUGCCAUUGGCGUACGUGCGUGCAGCGCAUUGUCGCGGCAAUGGCGGUGUCGGCGUCGUCGUCGGGGGUGCGGGCGCGGGCGAGGUUGCUGGCGUGCGUGGCCGUGGCGGCGCUGCUGCUGCUCGCGCCGGGCGACGUGGACGCCGGCCGGCAUGGGCACGGGCGGGGGCGGGGGCGCGGGAGCGGGAGCGUGGCACACAGGCAUACCAAGGGCCUGCGGCCGGGGAAGGCGAUGGCGGCGAGGCCGUACCCGGCGAACGCGACGGCGGCGGAGGCGAUCGAGCGGAGGUUCACGCGGUGGGUGUGGUUCAUGGGCGGGCUUGACCACAGCGUGUUCCAGCGCGCGCUCAACCGCGCGCUGCUCCCGUCGACUCGCACGAUCGUCGUGGACAGGACGCCCGGGGCGGGAGACUUCACCACCAUCCAGGCCGCCGUGGACUCGCUCCCGCUCAUCAACCUGAUGCGCGUCGUCAUCAAGGUCAAUGCCGGCACCUACACGGAGAAGGUGAGCAUCUCGCCGCUGCGCGGGUUCGUGACGGUGGAGGGCGCGGGCGCGGACCGGACGGUGGUGCAGUGGGGCGACACGGCGGACACGGCCGGGCCCUGGGGCCGCCCCUUCGGCACCUUCGCCUCCGCCACCUUCGCCGUCAACUCGCAGUUCUUCGUCGCCAAGAACAUCACCUUCAAGAACACGGCGCCGGUGCCUCGGCCGGGCGCGCUGGGGAAGCAGGGGGUGGCGCUGCGGAUAUCGGCGGACAACGCGGCGUUCGUGGGGUGCAACUUCCUGGGCGCGCAGGACACGCUGUAUGACCACCUGGGCCGCCACUACUACAAGGACUGCUACAUCGAGGGCUCCGUCGACUUCAUCUUCGGCAACGCCCUCUCCCUCUACGAGGGUUGCCACGUGCACGCGAUCUCGCCGCACUACGGGGCGCUGACGGCGCAGAACCGGCGGAGCAUGCUGGACGACACGGGGUUCUCCUUCCUCAACUGCCGGGUGACGGGGUCGGGGGCGCUCUACCUGGGCCGCGCCUGGGGCACCUUCUCCCGCGUCGUCUUCGCCUACACCUACAUGGACAACAUCAUCAUCCCCCGCGGCUGGUACAACUGGGGCGACCCAACGCGAGAGAUGACGGUGUUCUACGGGCAGUACAAGUGCUCGGGGCCGGGGGCCAACCACGCCGGCAGGGUGGACUGGUCCCGGGAGCUCACCGACGAGGAGGCCAAGCCAUUCAUCUCCCUCAGCUUCAUCGACGGCCUCGAGUGGCUCAGGUUGUAGCAGCGGCCGGAUCCAGGCAGGGGCAACCGCAAGUUAAUGAGUAAUGACUAGCAGCAGAGUAACUUGGUUUGGCUGCAGCAUUUGCAGCUGAAUCCAUGACGAGCACGCAUGGCCAUCUCCGGCCUCCGGCUCCUUUUUUUUUUGGCUUUUAGAAGUGGGAUGUGAAUCACACCACAUCGGUUCGUUUUAACAGUUGUUGUGAGCUCUGACGAACACAGCAAACAGUGGCAUGCA